CUUCGAGCCAACGGUUUGCGCGAACGGAGGUUGAGAGCGUCGACUUGGAACAGAUGAAAAUGGAACUUUACUGUUUUAUAUGAGAAUAAUGGAUUCUGAAUUAAUGCAUAGUAUUGUAGGAAGCUACCUUAAACCUCCAGAAAGAGUGUUUGUUCCAUCAUUUAUCCAGAAUGAUGAAUCAUCCCAGACUCACCGUAACUUAGAAGUUACCUCUCCUAAAAUGCUUCAUAGUCCAAAUAGCCAAGCUCUUAUUUUAGCCUUGAAAACUCUUCAGGAGAAGAUUCAUCGUUUAGAGUUGGAGAGAACACAAGCUGAGGACAACCUGAACAUUCUUUCCAGAGAAGCAGCAGAGUAUAAAAAGGCCUUGGAGAAAGAAACAAAUGAGAGAGAUCUGGCACACCAGGAACUGAUAAAGCAGAAAAAAGAUAUUACUAUACAGUUAAACUCAGCCCAGUCUCGCUGUACUCUUCUAGAGAAGCAAUUGGAAUAUACAAAGAGAAUGGUUCUCAAUGUAGAGCGAGAGAAGAAUAUGAUCCUAGAGCAACAGGCCCAGCUUCAAAGGGAAAAAGAACAAGAUCAUAUGAAGCUACAAGCAAAACUUGAAAAGCUUGAUGUCUUAGAAAAAGAAUGUUUUAAACUUACAACAACUCAGAAAACUGCUGAGGACAAGAUUAAACACUUAGAGGAAAAACUUAAGGAAGAAGAGCAUCAGCGUAAGCUAUUUCAAGACAAAGCAUCUGAACUCCAAACUGGACUUGAAAUCAGUAGAAUUUUAAUGUCUUCAGUAUCAAAUCAAAAACGCUCCAAGGAGAAGAAAUCUUCAAAGAAAACUAAAUGUUUAAAGAGAGGACCAUGUCAGCAAAUUUAUUCAAGGUUUGAAUCACUGCCUAUUAUGGCUGAGAAGUCUGCCAGUGCGGGCCGUUCUGUGAAUAGAAGUACACAAAGUCUCCUGCAGAUGCAGCAGCAUUAUGGGCCUUAUAUCCUUCAGAAACCUACUGAAGUUACCAAGCCUAGCUGUCUCUACAAGCCUUCUAGAACAACUGCCCAGUGUAAAGCUGAACCUUCUGACUCAAAAUAUUCCCUUUCUAUUUGUGACAAUUUGACCGAACUGUUGAUGACAAUGCAGGAUGAGCUGGACCAGAUGAGUGUGGAGCAUGAAGAACUACUGAAUCAAAUGAAAGAAACUGAAAGUCAUUCAGUGUGUGAAGACAUAGAAUGUGAAUUAGAGCAUUUAGUCAAGAAAAUGGAAAUUAAAGGAGAACAAAUUUCCAAACUGAUGAAGCAUCAAGAUAAUAUCCGUAAACUGCAGCAAAAAGUUCAAAACUCAAAGAUGAGUGAAGCCUCAGGCAUUCGGCGAGAAGAUAGCAACCUUAAAGGAUCAAAGAACAUAAAAAAUAGCCCCAGAAAAUGUUUGCUAACUAACUGUAUUCAGAAGAAUAACAACUUUCAUCCAGUAGAAGUCCAUAACCUUCAAAUGAAAUUGAGAAGAGAUGAUAUCAUGUGGGAACAAUGAUAACACAAUAGUAAAGCUGUUACCUUAAAUGAACUCUUGUCAAUGAUCUUGAAUUGUCUAACGGGGUUUUAAUAUGCCUUAAUGAAAUUUUGAAUUAUGUUUCCCUAUUAAGUGUCAAGUUGUAGUAUUUUUAAAUUCAUGCAUAACGACCUCCUAAGAGUCCCAAAUAAUAAAUGACUGUGUUUUUGUUUCUCUUACUGACUGAAAUACCUAAUCUCUCCACGUUUUAGACACAUUGUCUGCUUUGCAGACCUCUUAAGCUAAAUCUAAGAAAUUAUACUGGAUUGAUGGUAUUUAAAAUUGAGUUAAAUUUGAGAUACAAGUACCAUUAUACCUUUUCAUUUCGUAGGCUUAUAACCUUAAGAAGCAAUAUAACAUGAACAGAGUAAGGAAAGGUCUUUUACCUUUCUUGGUGCUUCUUCCCUAUCUUAUUUUAUGAGCUGUGAAAUGCUGAAAUGCUUUUCUUUUUUGGAAAUGGAAGAGUCCUGUAAAGCGGCCUUUAGCCCAAGUUUUUAUGUGACAAUUAUAAAUAGGAACUCAUGGUUACUUAAUUUUUAGAUGACAGUAACUCAACUGCAAAAGCCUUUUUCUGCAAUUCCUGUUCUCUUUUACAAAUCCUGUGCUGCUUUUUAACACAAGUGAUUUAUUUCUUAUUCCUUUAUCACUAAAACUUUUGGUGAGUUUUAAUCUUUGCAUUAUAUAUAAUAUUAAUCAGUAUAAAUUGAGAAUGUAAAUUUCCAGGAAAACAAAAUUGGACAUUUUAUUACCUUAUCCAGUAACAAUUCAGAGAAAUACGAUGCAUUUUUGUUUUUUAUAUUUUUAUGUCAGUGAUGUCAUAUGCAAUGUCUUUGUACACAUAUGCUUUAUAAUAAAUUUACACUUGUCGACAUAUCUUUCCAGAAACCUA